AGAGGAGAGACUCCCGCUCCAUCGUAGUCGGGUUUAAGCUCCUUUUCUGCAUAUUAAUGAGGAGGUGGGGCCUCGCCUUUGGAACGCUGUGGACACCGCCAUGAAGCUGAAUGUAGAUGGGCUCCUGGUCCACUUCCCCUAUGAUUACAUCUACCCUGAGCAGUUCUCCUACAUGCUGGAGCUCAAGAGGACCCUGGAUGCCAAGGGACAUGGGGUCCUCGAGAUGCCCUCUGGCACUGGCAAGACCAUCUCCCUCCUGGCUUUGAUUGUGGCGUACCAGCGGGUUCACCCCCUGGAAGUAACCAAGCUCAUCUACUGCUCGAGGACUGUCCCUGAGAUUGAGAAGGUGAUUGAGGAGCUCAGGAAGCUGAUGGACUCCUAUGAGAAGCAGGAAGGUGAGAAGGUGCCAUUCCUGGGCCUGGCCUUGAGCUCCCGCAAGAACCUGUGUAUUCACCCUGAGGUGACCCCCUUGCGCUUUGGGAAGGACGUGGAUGGGAAGUGUCAUAGCCUGACAGCCUCUUACGUGCGGGCACAGCGUCAGCAGGAUGCCAGUGCCCCUCACUGCCGCUUCUAUGAGGAGUUUGAUGCCCAAGGCCGUCAAGUGCCCAUCCCCUGGGGCAUCUACAACCUGGACGACCUGAAGGCCUUUGGACGGCAGAAAGGCUGGUGCCCCUACUUCCUCGCCCGAUACUCAAUCCUUCACGCCAACGUGAUCGUCUAUAGCUACCAUUACCUUCUGGACCCCAAGAUUGCAGACCUUGUUUCCAAGGAGCUGGCACGAAAGGCCGUCGUCGUCUUUGACGAAGCCCACAACAUUGACAAUGUGUGCAUCGAUUCUAUGAGUGUGAACCUGACCCGCCGGACCCUGGACAGAUGUCAGAACAACCUGGAGACACUGCAGCGCACGGUGCACAAGAUCAAGGAGACAGAUGAAAAGCGGCUGCGUGAGGAGUACCGCCGCCUGGUGGAGGGGCUUCGAGAGGCGAGUGUGGCGCGGGAGACAGAUGCUCAUCUGGCCAACCCCGUUCUUCCGGAUGAGGUGUUGCAGGAGGCGGUGCCCGGCUCCAUCCGAACAGCAGAGCAUUUCCUGGGUUUUCUUCGGCGCCUGCUCGAAUAUGUGAAAUGGCGCCUCCGGACUCAGCACGUGGUCCAGGAGAGCCCGCCAGCCUUCCUGGGCGGCCUGGCCCACCGCGUCUGCAUCCAGCGCAAGCCCUUGCGGUUCUGUGCCGAGAGGCUGAGGUCCCUGCUCCACACUCUGGAGAUCGCGGAUCUGGCCGACUUCUCCCCGCUCACCCUCCUCUCCAACUUUGCCACACUGGUCAGCACCUACUCCCGAGGCUUCACCAUUAUCAUUGAGCCCUUUGACGAGAGGACCCCAAGCAUUGCCAACCCUGUCCUGCAUUUCAGCUGCAUGGACGCCUCGCUGGCCAUCAAACCAGUGUUUGAACGUUUUCAGUCUGUGAUCAUCACCUCAGGGACCCUGUCCCCCCUGGACAUCUACCCCAAAAUACUGGACUUCCACCCUGUCACCAUGGCGACCUUCACCAUGACCUUAGCCCGGGUCUGCCUGUGCCCCAUGAUCGUUGGCCGAGGCAAUGACCAGGUGGCCAUUAGCUCCAAGUACGAGACCCGAGAGGAUAUUGCCGUCAUCCGGAAUUAUGGCAACUUGCUCCUGGAGAUGUCUGCUGUGGUCCCCGACGGGAUCGUUGCCUUCUUCACCAGCUACCAGUACAUGGAGAGCACCGUAGCUGCCUGGUAUGAGCAGGGCAUCCUGGAGAACAUUCAGCGUAACAAGCUCCUGUUCAUUGAGACCCAGGACGGAGCAGAGACGAGUGUGGCCCUGGAGAAGUACCAGGAGGCAUGUGAGAACGGCCGAGGGGCCAUCUUGCUCUCGGUGGCGAGGGGCAAGGUGUCUGAGGGCAUCGACUUUGUCCACCACUACGGCCGGGCUGUCAUCAUGUUCGGUGUCCCCUACGUCUACACCCAAAGCCGAAUUCUCAAGGCCCGCCUGGAGUUUCUUCGUGACCAGUUCCAAAUCCGAGAGAAUGAUUUCCUGACCUUUGAUGCCAUGCGACACGCGGCCCAGUGUGUGGGCCGCGCCAUCCGGGGCAAAACUGACUAUGGGCUCAUGAUCUUUGCUGACAAGCGCUUUGCCCGGGCCGACAAGCGUGGGAAGCUCCCUCGCUGGAUCCAAGAGCACCUGACGGACGCCAACCUCAACCUGACUGUGGACGAGGGUGUCCAAGUGGCCAAGUACUUCCUGAGACAGAUGGCCCAGCCCUUCCACAGGGAGGACCAGCUGGGAUUGUCUUUGCUGAGCCUGGAGCAGCUUCAGUCCGAGGAGACCCUCCGCCGGAUAGAGCAGAUCGCUCAGCAGCUGUAAAUGGGUGGGCCCAGAUGUGGGGAGAGGGGAAAUAAAGGA